AGAAAAAAAUUUACUUAGCUGUUUACUGUUUACUACCUGGGUUAAUAUAUCUUGAUUGAACAAUAUUUCGAGUAGUUACAAAAGAAAUGCCAAAUUUAGUUUACCCACCUUUUGUGCGUUGAGGUGGAGCACAUUAAAAUGCACAUCCUGUGACGUCAUAGUUUCCAGUUGUGGUGAGAGGCGCAUAGGUACAUUUCUCUCGAAAUUAACAUCAAGUAGAAAAUUCUUCCCCGCCAUGGAUAUACUAAAUGCCGAUUGUUUACGGGAGAUCAUUAUACACUUGUCGCUUCAGGAUCAAAUUGCUCUGCUACAAGUUAAUAGAUAUCUCCAACAGAUCGUGCAAUCAUUGUGGAUAACCAAAUACAAACACAAUAGCAUCAAUUUUGUGGAAAAAUCUCUCAAAGAUGAAGAUUUGGAACUUUUCUUCAAGACCAUAAAAGAUUUUGCGGAAAGUUUUGAGCUGCGUUUUUUGGACGAACAAAAAUACAAGCUAUUGAAGAAGUUCACAUAUCCCCAAAUCAAGACUGUAAGACUCACUAUCCACCCAUGUUUUAUCAGAGAUGAGGAUAUAAAAGACUUCCACCUCAUGUUUCCCAAUCUAAGGGUAUUUAGCCCACACGGCAAUUUGACCGGCCGCUAUUUGGAUUUAUGGCCCAAUCUCACAGAGUUAAAUCUCAGCUAUUGUUACAAAUUGGAAUUGAGUUACUUUCACAGCAUAAUGCGAAGUUUGCAUUUGGAGCAUCUUGAACUGAAUAUGUUUCCCAUGAGCAAACAGUGCGAACAAUUGGAUCUGAAAGAAGCCAAUUUGGAAAAUUUAAAAUAUUUACGCCUCAAUACCUAUGAGCUAUACUAUUUUCUAGUCAAACCCAUGCCAAAGCUACAGCAUUUGUAUAUCACCAAUCAAUAUAAUCCUCGCCAGCUGUUCGAUGUCAUACUUUCCGUGUGGCGGGCUAGAGAUAUACGAAAGUUAGAGACCAAUGUGAAAAAUGUUUUGGCCAAUUGCUUGGAGAUGCGCAUGAACGUUGAAGAACUGUGCAUCAUCAACGACGACAAUGUGUUGCCGCAAAAUGUGAUUAGAUCCUUACAUCUCCUAGAUGAUUUGCGAGUGUUGCGUUUUAAAAGUUGUGAUCUAACCACCAUCAAUAUAGCCGAACUGCUGAGAAGUAUACCUCAAAUUGAUGAGAUCUCUUUGGAAAGCUGUAGAUUACCUGCUCAACUGAAGCUAAAUGCUGUGGAGUUGGGUGAAGAAAGGAGUAAACUAUUAAGACUGAAUUUUUGGCAAAAUAUAGGACGAAGACUGAGAAAUUCACCCGAAAGGGAGUAUAGACAAAAUACUCCCCAAAGUGUGGAUGUUAUCAUCAAAGGAGAACACAGUUUCUUUGAAUUUACCGAAAUUCCAGGAGUAGAUCUCUAUUUCGAACCACUUUAUAUACAAUUUCGAUAACUUAAUAAAAAAAGGAAUUUAUAAAAUAAAAUAA